GCAUGGAGGAUGCACUCUCAUAAUCAAAAUCCAAACUUGCCUUGAUCGAAUCAUUUCUUAGCUUAAUUGAUCCUCAAUAAUCUCCAUGGCUUUGCUUUACUUUGCUCGUCUCAUUGUGUCUCUUCUUGCUUUUUUUGCUUUCCCUGUUCUUGCUCUCUCGUAUAUUAAGCACCUAAAUUCCAUCCCAAUUAUAGAAUGAUCGCGCGAAGGAGGAGGAUAUAUAUCAUGGUGAUGAGCAAGGAGAGAAGGAAGAAGAGCAACAGCAGCAGCAUUGCUUCUCCCUGCGCCGCUUGCAAGCUUUUGAGACGGCGGUGCGCUCAGGACUGCAUCUUCGCGCCGCAUUUUCCGGCGGAGGAGCCGCACAAGUUCGCCAACGUCCACCGAGUCUUCGGAGCUAGCAACAUCAGCAAGCUCUUGCAGGAGGUGACGGUGGGGCAGCGAGGCGACGCGGUGAGCAGUCUCGUGUACGAGGCCAACGCCCGGCUGCGUGACCCUGUCUACGGCUGCGUCGCCGCCAUCUCCUCCCUGCACCGCCAAAUCCAAGCCCUGCAGGCGCAGCUCGCCAUGGCUCAAGCUCAGGUGGUCCACCUCCGACUCGGCCACGCCGCGUGCUGCCUCGCGCUCCGCCAGCGCCCGACCACCGCGCCGGCCGGCUCCUCGGCCGGGACGGAGGACAAGGCGGCGUCGCAGGUGGUUGCGCUGGACAUGGUGGUGGUGGAGGAGUCCAACUUGGGAGAUCAGCCGCCAAUUUGGUUUGGUUGAUUGUUGCUACUGCUCGCAGUAGCUUCUAGAUCAAGGAACCAAGAACAAUCGAGUGUAACCCCUUUCCUAGAUUAACCUUUUCUAAAAUCGAUCGUGAACUUGGCGCAA